CGGGAGAAAGAGAUGAGUGACAUUCCGCACGCGCGUCCCCUCCGCGUGUGAGGCAGACAGCGGAGCCCUGCACCGGCGGCUGCUUCUUCUGGUUAUAUUACGCCCACUCCGUCUUCGAAGCGCGAGAAGGUCCAUCGGCAUCUUCUUCCCCUCCGAGCAGAGCAGAGCAGAGCAGAGCAGUCGCAGUCUCAAUUUCAAAGGGAAAAAAGAUUUUUUUUUUUUUUUUAUUCAUCAACCAUGCAGAAAAAAGAUUGAAUAUUUCUCGAAGAAGAGGGAGGGAGGGAGGGAGGGAGUGGGCUGUUGAGGUCGGCAGGUACAGAUAGAAGGAGGGAGAGAUAGAGAGAGGGAGGGUCGUGGUUGGCUUCUGGGAAUGGAGCCGGAGUCUGGGGUUCCCAAUCCCCGCAAUCCUCCCGCGCUUUCAUGGAUGCAUCUUUCGAGGAAUCUGUUAUUGGCAUACCAAAGCUUAGGCGUAGUAUAUGGAGACUUGAGCACUUCUCCUCUCUAUGUUUAUUCAAGCACGUUCAUAGGGAAAUUGCAGAAACACCAAAAUGAGGAAGCAAUAUUUGGCGCAUUUUCCUUGAUCUUUUGGACCAUCACUUUAAUCCCGUUGCUUAAAUAUGUUUUCAUCCUCUUGAGUGCUGAUGAUAACGGUGAAGGUGGGACGUUUGCUUUGUACUCGCUGCUUUGUAGACAUGCAAAGUUCAGCUUACUUCCCAAUCAACAAGCAGCUGAUGAGGAGCUCUCGGCAUACAAAUACGGACCAUCUUCACAGGCUUUGCCUUCUUCUCCUCUUAAGAGAUUCUUGGAGAAGCAUAAGAAGCUGCGGACGGCACUGCUUAUUGUGGUGCUUAUUGGUGCUUCUAUGGUCAUUGGUGAUGGUGUUCUCACACCAGCUAUUUCAGUUUUAUCAGCUGUAUCAGGAUUGCAAGUGACAGAAGAAAAGUUAACCAAUGGCGAAUGUCUCCUGAUUUCAUGUGUCAUAAUAGUUGGCCUGUUUGCCUUGCAGCACUGUGGCACCCACCGUGUAGCUUUCGUGUUUGCUCCAAUAGUAAUUAUCUGGCUGUUUUCCAUUUUCUCCAUUGGGCUUUACAAUACGAUACACUGGAAUCCAAAAAUAGUUCGAGCUUUGUCUCCUUAUUAUGUUGUCAAGUUCUUCAAGGAGACUGGUAAAGAUGGGUGGAUUUCUCUUGGAGGUGUUCUUCUGUCAAUUACUGGUACUGAAGCUAUGUUCGCAGAUCUUGGCCAUUUUACUGCCUUUUCAAUUAGGCUUGCAUUUGCUCUGGUCAUAUACCCUGCUUUGGUAGUUCAGUACAUGGGCCAAGCUGCUUUCCUGUCCAAGAAUAUCAACUCCAUUCCCUACAGUUUUUACGAUUCAAUACCUGAACCUGUGUUUUGGCCCGUCUUCGUCAUUGCCACUCUUGCGGCCAUUGUUGGGAGUCAGUCUGUAAUCACUGCUACAUUUUCAAUUGUGAAGCAGUGCCAUGCUCUUGGGUGCUUCCCACGAGUCAAAGUUGUUCACACCUCGAGGCAUAUUUAUGGGCAGAUCUACAUCCCCGAGAUUAAUUGGAUCCUCAUGGUUCUCACUCUCUCUAUAACUAUUGGGUUCCGAGACACGACUUGGAUUGGAAAUGCUUAUGGACUCGCUUGCAUGACGGUCAUGUUUGUCACGACUUUCUUGAUGGCGCUCGUGAUCGUCUUCGUCUGGCAAUGGAGUCUGCUGCUUGCAGGGGCAUUUCUUCUCUUCUUUUGGACUAUCGAGGGGGUCUACCUAUCAGCUGCCCUCAUAAAAGUGCCCCAGGGAGGUUGGGUCCCCAUUGUGCUUUCCUGCAUCUUCAUGGUAGUCAUGUUUGUUUGGCACUAUGGGACCCGCAAGAAGUACAACUACGACCUUCACAACAAGGUCUCCCUCAAGUGGCUCCUCGGCCUGGGUCCAAGCCUCGGCAUUGUGCGUGUCCCUGGGAUUGGCCUCAUAUACUCGGAGCUAGCAACGGGAGUCCCUGCCAUUUUCUCCCAUUUCGUCACCAACCUCCCUGCCUUCCACCAAGUUUUGGUGUUUGUCUGUGUGAAGUCAGUCCCUGUUCCAUUCGUUGCUCCCGACGAAAGGUUCCUUAUCGGCCGAGUUUGCCCAAGACCUUAUCGCAUGUAUAGGUGCAUAGUGAGAUAUGGUUACAAGGACAUUCAGAAAGAUGAUGGAGACUUUGAGAACCAACUCAUACAGAGCAUUGCAGAGUUCAUACAGAUGGAGGCGGAGGAACCCCAGUUCUCGAGCUCCGAGUCCUCAUCUCUCGAUGGUAGAAUGGCUGUUAUCAGCACCCGAAACAUCCAAUCAACCACGAGCUUAGUCAUCUCCGAAAUUGAGGAGAGCAGCUUAGGCAGCUUGAGCUCAAUCCAGAGUGGCAAGUCGGUUGCCCUUCAAAGGCUGAGGUCUGCUUACGAGGAUGAGAAUCCUCAGAUCCGGAGGCGGCAGGUGAGGUUCCAGCUGCCACCGAACCAGGGGAUGGAUCCAGCCGUGAGGGAUGAGCUCCUUGACCUGGUACAGGCAAAGGAGGCAGGAGUUGCGUAUAUAAUGGGCCAUUCAUACGUGAAGGGAAGGAGGUCUUCCUCAUUCCUGAAGAAGCUUGUGAUCGACAUUGGAUACUCGUUCCUCCGGAAGAACUGCAGGGGGCCUGCAGUGGCCCUCAACAUCCCCCACAUCAGCCUCAUCGAGGUGGGCAUGAUAUAUUAUGUCUAGGGUAUGAAAGGAACGUAGUUAACACAUAUCCUCUCCCCACCAACCCCGAGAUUCGCGUGGAAAUGGGUGAUGUGUUGCACAUGGAGAAAACAAGAGCUGUUGGGAAGAGGCACACCGGGAUUUAUCAAGAGUUUUGGGCGAUGAAUCUUACACUUGGUCAAGAUUAUAUUUUCUUUUCAUCAAUUUCCUUUCGCUCAAUGUGUAUAGGAUAGAUCACACCCAACAGUUUCUUUCCUCUUCGGGUUCUCAUUUUUCGGGGUUGCUUCAGUUUAGAUGCCGGUAAUGGUCGCGGAGUAAAAGUCGAGCAUUAGCAUUAUCAAUAACAUACAUGCCUUCUGUAUUUUGCUCGACCGAAA